GCGCGUCGGAUUCGAAAGGCGCUCUCUGUUCGCACUUACUCCCAUUAUGUCCGGGCUCAAAAACUCGCCGUUCGGCAAGCGUUUACGAGCGCAACAACCCGACGGUGACGACGAGGCUCCUCGACGAAACCGUCCUCGGUUUAACCCGAUUUUUGGCACAUCCGAUUUGUCUUCGACCCCUUCUUUGGAUUCGAGGCCGACGACGAGCGAAAGCAGUGGCCCACCGGAGUCGCCCGUAGACUUUCCAAGGCAUUCGAGGGAUUAUGGUGAUAGAUUUGUGCCAACGCGAGACGGUGGUGAUAUGCGGACGUCGUACCAUUUGAUGGACCAUGGCCCGGUCACUCCUUCAAAGAAAAACAGGAUAAUACCUUCGGAAUUGGAUGCAUUGAAAGAACAAGCCAACCAUCUUUUUACCGACAUUCUCCAUAACGAAGUAUCACCGCCGUCACCCCAACGUCCUGUUUCUCCAACGCGUCAGCCAAUAGCUUCUACGUCAACCCUUCCUGCAACGCCGUCUCGGAAGCGUUUAUUCACAUACCAUUCUCCAUCCGUUUCUAACCCAUCCACCCCUACCCGUCAUCUGGACUCACCAAAUGAUGAAGCCUAUUCUAUGAGCCCAGUGCGUGCUGAGAGUCGCCAUCUUUUAGAAAGUCCGCGCAGAAAGCUCCGGAGUGUUUGCAAAACGCCUUACCGUGUUCUGGAUGCUCCAGAACUGGCCGAGGACUUCUAUCUCAACCUCGUCGACUGGUCGAGCACCAAUGUCCUAGGUGUUGGCUUGGGCUCCUGUGUUUAUCUAUGGACCGCCCACAAUGCCGUCGUAUCGAAACUUUGUGACCUUACCAACACGACCGACGUCAUUAGCUCAGUGUCUUGGGUACAAAAAGGAUCUACACUAGCCAUCGGUACACUAUCUGGCCGCCUGCAUAUCUACGAUGCCGUAGCACUCAAGCUCUUACGCACGUACCAGGAGGCGCACACUCAACGGAUAGGUGCCCUUGCUUGGAAUGCUCAUGUCCUCUCAUCCGGUUCUCGGGAUCGUUCGGUUCACCACCGAGAUGUUCGUGAUCCCACCUUGAAUCCAUUCAAGCGAUGUACAGGUCACCGACAGGAAGUUUGCGGCUUGAAAUGGAGUGCGAACGCUGGUCCCAUGGAAGCCAGCCUUGCUAGUGGUGGUAAUGACAACAAGGUGUGCAUCUGGGAUUUGAGAGGGUCCAGGCGAACUGCUGCUUCGAGAAAUCCGACUAGCGCGGAUGACUGGACGGUUGGAGAUGCACCGCUAUGGAAAUUCCAUGAACACACUGCUGCGGUCAAGGCUCUGGCAUGGGAUCCUCAUAUUCCUGGGGUUCUUGCUACAGGUGGCGGGACCCAGGACAAGCAUAUUCGAUUCUGGAAUACAAUCAAUGGUUCCAUGUUGAAUGAGCUUGACACCGGUAGUCAGGUCUGCAACCUCAUCUGGUCGUUGACGUCGCAUGAACUUGUAUCGACCCACGGCUUUUCAUCGACUACCGCCCAGAAUCAGAUUUGCAUAUGGAAAUACCCAGCCCUCAGCAUGGUUGCGUCGUUGACAGGACAUACCAAUCGUGUCUUGUACCUGGCCAUGAGUCCGGACGGUGAAACGAUUGUCACAGGCGCUGGCGAUGAGACGCUGAGGUUCUGGAAUGCUUUCCCCAAGAAAGAAUCCAGCAGGCCGGACGUCGACAGUGUCCUUGACUACGGCAAGCUCAUUCGAUGACCACGAUUCGGUUUCAGCUUUCUUUAUACUUGUCGCAUUUCAUUAUAUCCGCUUCUGCAAACAUUGCUUCCAUCUACGUAUUGCACUGCAUAUUUCACUCUCGAACGCUCGCAUCCAUCAUCGCAUACUACUCCCAAUCUGCACAACUACAUAUAUGCCCGGUCCUAACAGAAACCCCGAUGUAUUACCGAUCCCAUAGUCCACUAAAUAGGUCCUUUUAAACAGUAUUCCUCUUCGGUAUGCUCCUUUUUUCUCUUAUGUUGUGUUUUUCUAUCUGGCCUGUAGUUUUGCGUAUUAUAGUCAUGUCUGGCUUUGAUCUUUUCUUCAUACAAUAAGUUAUGUUGAUCCUGUACUAAAUUUUUGUCCCUUCAAAUAUGGUGAGCCCGCUUCAAUCAGUUAGAUCCACACUUAUCGGGUCCAAUAUUUCCGACAUAGCAUACUUACCUACGUUUACCAUAAAAUAACAUCGACAAAUUGAAACGCAG